AUGUAUCCGGCAAAUCAUAAAACUAUUUUUGUUUUGGAUCAUACGCCAUAUUUUGGUAUAUCUACUGAAGCUCCUCUAGAAUUUGAUUUUUUAAAGAGUCGCAGUCAAAACUUAAUUCCUUUAGCACCUGUUUGUAAAUCUUUAUGGACCACCAGUGUAGAAGCUUCAUUAGAAUAUUGUCGAAUAGUAUGGGAUCUCUUUCCAACUGGAAAAUUGAUAAGAUUUGUUGUAACUGAUCGUGCAGCAUAUGUAUUAAACUCAUGGAGUCCAUCGCAACAAAAUUUAAAUCAUAUAAUGAAUGGCACAGCCAUUUUAGGAGUACCGACAAAGACUCCAAAACCUGGAGAUGAUUAUUCAGUAAUACAUGGUUUAAGGGUAGCUAUUGAAACACUUAAUGAAUGUUCAGAAAUUCAACAUGAAAAGAGAACAUCAUUAAAUGAAAAUGCUAGUAAGCUUGUUAACAGAGGUCGAGUAAUAUGUAUUACUAGUGCUCGAGAUAAUAGUAAUAUGAAAAAUUUGGAAAAUAUAUUUUUAAAUGAAUUAACUCAAGAAAAUAAAAAUGCUUUAGCUUCAGAUCAUUUAAUACCUGUAGAUUAUUGUCAUUUAGUUAUAUUGAAUAUUUUUCCUAACAAUAUUGAAUCACAAGUUACUAGCCAGGGACCAAGAGAGGUUUCAUCAUUAUUAACAGUAGAAGUACAUUCAAUUAAGGCACCUGCUUUACAUUCAAAAUUGUCUCACUUAAUUUUAUCUCAUUAUGAUCUGGCUAGUACAACAGUAACUGGUAUACCAAUGAAAGAAGAACAAAAUGCUAGUUCUUCUGCAAAUUAUGAUGUUGAAAUAUUUCAUUCUUCAGCUGCACAUUCUACAAUUUUAAAAGGAAAUCCUCAAGAUUCGGCUUUAAUUAAGACAUUUAGAAGAUUUGAAGAAGGAUCAGAAUAUGAAACUGUUACUUUAAAAUGGUGUACACCACGAGGAUGUAGUGCAGCUGAAAUGCAAAAUUGCACAGCUAUGCAUCGAAUCACACCUGUUGAUGUAAAUAGUAGACCUUCAUCUUGUUUGAUUAACUUUUUACUAAAUGGUAGAUCUGUUAUGCUUGAAAUGGCAAGAAAAAGUGGAGGAAAAACUAUUUCUCAUUUACUUGCUGCACAUGGUGGAGAAAUUUUUAUACAUACAUUAUCUACUGCUAGGAGUGUAUUAGAGGAUCCACCUUCUAUUAGCGAAGGUUGUGGUGGUCGCGUCACUGAUUAUAGAAUAACUGAUUUUGGAAGACUAAUGCGGAAUAAUGUCCUGGUGCCUUUAAAAAGAAGUACAAAUUGUAAUAGCGAAGGUCCAGCAGAAAAAAUGAGAUUUAGAUUAGAACGACAUACAAAAUAUUGGCCAAUUACUAUUUCUAGUACACUAAUGUUUAAUCUAAAACAGUUAAUAGAUCCAUUACCAGAUUUGAUGGUAAAGGAAGAGCUUACUGCAGAUGAAGUUUUACAAUGCAAACAAGUGAUCUUUAGUUUGUUGCAAUUGGAAGCAAAACACGAAGCAUUACCAUUACCAAGUAUAGGGGGUGGUCGCGGUGGAAAAGGUGGAGUACGAAGAGAAGAACAUUACAGAUUAUUAUGGGGAGAAUUAGAAACAUUUUUAAAACAUCAUGCAAAUAAUUCUGCUGCACAUUCUGAAGUUUUAACUUGUCUUCUUGAAGUACGAAGUAAAGACGAUAAAGAUAAAGUUGAAUUGGACCAAGCAUUACGUGAAUUAGAUGGAUUUGGAAAAGAAGAUGGAACUGCUCGAGCUAGUGUAAUAAGAGCAACAACCGAUUCACCGAUGUCUCCACCGCCAAGUACAUCGAUAUCUCUCGGUAAACAACUUCACAAAGGUGGUAUUUACGCUCCUAAAAGUUUAUUGGACAUUUGGUUGCAACGAAGUGCACCUAAGGAGAAGAAACCUGAUUUUCACGGAAGAGUAAAUAAUGAUGGACUUAAAGCAAAAUUAUAUCCUAAUUUAAAAGAAACUGGACGAGAACCACGUGAGCCCAUCUUGGAAGGCUAAAUACUUCAUUAUUUGAAUAUUGAAAAUUUGUUAAAAUAAAAGAAUUACCUAUCAAUAAAUCGUUCUCUUCUAGACAUAAA